GGUUAAGUGGAGCUAGAGAGCUGCAUUGUAACCUAGUUGGAUUUUUUGGGGGGUGGGGGGUGGGGGGAGGAUGCAUCAGAAUCUAACGUGCCCUUAAUAGAGGAACAGGGAAGAAGUGGUCCAGCCGGCGAAGUUGCAGAUCUGAUCACUUCUGAGCACCUCACCGUGUCUCCAUCCCUGGGACUCUGAACCCAGCAGCUGCACCCCUGUGUUCUUGGAAUUUUGGGCAUCCUAGAUUCUGACCUUCCUCUUUCCCCCUUGCCCCUUCCCCCUCCUGAGUACUCCUGAAGACUGUAGGAUUGCCAUGGAGUCCAGGGAGAUCUUAAGCAGCUCCCGGCAAAGGGGGGGCGAGUCGGAGUUCCUGCCAAUGUCCUCAGCCAAGCCCCCGGCUGCCCCCGGUUGUGCAGGGGAACCUUUGCUCUCUGCUCCAGGAACUGGGAAGGGGAUCCCAGUGGGCGGAGAACGCAUGGAACCGGAGGAGGAGGAUGAACUGGGCUCAGGGCGAGAUGUGGAUUCCAACUCCAAUGCAGACAGUGAGAAAUGGGUGGCAGGAGACGGCCUGGAAGAGCAGGAGUUUUCUAUUAAGGAGGCGAACUUCAGCGAGGGGAGUCUGAAGCUGAAGAUUCAGACCACAAAGAGGGCCAAGAAACCCCCAAAGAACCUGGAGAACUAUAUAUGCCCACCUGAGAUCAAGAUCACCAUCAAGCAGUCUGGAGACCAGAAGCUGUCCCGGGCUGGGAAAAAUAGCAAAGCUACGAAGGAGGAGGAAAGAAGCCACUCCAAAAAGAAGCUCCUCACAGCCAGUGACCUUGCAACUAGCGACCUCAAAGGAUUUCAGCCACAGGCUUAUGAGCGGCCACAGAAACACUCAACUCUCCAUUAUGACCCAGGCCUCCCACAGGACUUCACCGGUGACACCUUAAAACCAAAGCACCAGCAAAAAAGCAGCAGCCAGAACCACAUGGACUGGUCCACCAACUCUGACAGUGGAUCCACCACUCAGAAUUGCUUCAUCAGUUCAGACUCUGGCAGAGAAACUGCAAGCACCAGCAAGAUCCCAGCUCUUGAGCCCGUGGCUUCCUUUGCAAAGUCCCAGGGGAAGAAAGGCAGUGCAGGGAGCACAUGGAAUCAGUUGUCCAAUAGUAGCAAAGAUUUGCUCUUAGGAGGUGUAGUUCCUUCCCCAAGCAACCAUAGCUCACCAGCCCCACCCAGCAGCUCUGCCGAGUGCAGUGGGCUUCAGCCCUUGGUGGAUCAAGAUGGAGGAGGUACAAAGGAGCCCCCAGAACCAGCUAUCGGCAGCAAGAAGAAGUCCAGUAAGAAAGAUGUGACAAGUCAAACCAUACCAACCGCAGACCUGGAUUGGGUCAAGAAUGCCCAGAAAGCAUUUGACAACACAGAAGGGAAAAGGGAAGGCUACUCAGCAGAUAAUGCCCAAGAGGCAUCACCAGCCAGGCAGAGCGUGAGUUCUGUCAGUAAUCCUGAAAAUGACUCCAGUCAUGUCCGGAUUACUAUCCCCAUCAAGGCACCCUCUUUAGAUCCAAUGAGCCAUAAGAGGAAAAAGAGACAGUCCAUCAAAGCAGUGGUGGAAAAGAUCAUCCCAGAGAAAGCCCUGGCUUCUGGAAUUCCUAUGAGCAGUGAAAUAGUUAACAGGAUACUUUCCAGUCCUGAGGGAAAUAAGAAAGAUCCUCGUGUCCCUAAAUUGAGUAAAAUGAUAGAGAACGAGUCUCCCUCAGUUGGCCUUGAAACUGGUGGAAAUGCCGAGAAAGUUGUCCCAGGAGGUGUGUCUAAGCAGCGAAAGCCACCCAUAGUCAUGACACCUCCAACAUGCACAGAUCACUCUCCAUCAAGAAAGCUGCCAGAAAUCCAACAUCCAAAAUUUGCUGCAAAACGAAGGUGGACAUGCAGCAAACCCAAAUCCACCAGUAUGCUUCGGGAGGCAGUCAUGGCCACCUCUGACAAACUGAUGGUGGAACCCCCAUCUGCUUAUCCCAUCACCCCAUCCAGCCCUCUGUACACCAACACAGACAGUCUUACUGUGAUCACACCAGUCAAAAAGAAACGGGGACGACCAAAGAAGCAGCCUUUGCUCACUGUUGAGACAAUUCAUGAGGGUACUUCCACCAGCCCAGUCAGUCCAAUCAGCCGGGAGUUUCCCGGCACCAAGAAGAGAAAGAGACGACGCAAUUUAGCUAAGUUGGCCCAGCUAGUGCCAGGAGAGGACAAACCCAUGAGUGAGAUGAAAUUUCACAAAAAGGUUGGAAAGCUUGGUGUGUUGGAUAAGAAGACCAUCAAAACUAUCAAUAAGAUGAAGACACUCAAGAGAAAAAAUAUCUUGAACCAGAUCUUGUCCUGCUCCAGCAACAUUGCUCUGAAGGCUAAAGCUCCCCCUGAGACCAGCCCUGGGGCGGCUGCAAUUGAGAGCAAACUGGGAAAGCAGAUUAAUGUGAGCAAGAGGGGAACCAUCUACAUUGGCAAGAAGAGGGGCAGGAAGCCAAGAGCAGAGCUGCCACCCCCAUCUGAAGAACCCAAAACAGCCAUCAAGCACCCAAGGCCUGUUUCUAGCCAGCCGGAUGUUCCAGCCGUGCCUUCCAACUUUCAGUCACUUGUGGCGUCUUCACCAGCAGCUAUGCACCCACUUUCAACCCAGUUAGGUGGGUCAAAUGGCAACUUGAGCCCCGCCAGCACUGAAACCAAUUUUUCUGAGUUGAAAACUAUGCCAAAUCUCCAGCCCAUCAGUGCUCUUCCAACCAAAACCCAAAAGGGAAUACAUAGUGGAACCUGGAAGCUGUCUCCACCCAGGCUGAUGGCCAACUCACCUUCACACCUUUGCGAGAUUGGGUCCCUAAAGGAAAUAACACUGUCCCCUGUGAGCGAGUCACACAGUGAGGAGACAAUCCCAAGCGACAGUGGCAUUGGGACAGACAACAACAGCACAUCUGACCAAGCGGAGAAGAGUUCAGAAUCCCGACGGAGGUACUCUUUUGAUUUCUGCUCCCUGGACAACCCAGAGGCCAUUCCGUCUGACACCAGCACAAAGAACCGGCAUGGCCACCGGCAGAAGCAUCUCAUUGUGGACAACUUUCUUGCCCACGAAAGCCUCAAGAAGCCAAAGCACAAGAGGAAACGGAAAAGCCUGCAAAACCGCGAUGAUCUCCAGUUUCUGGCUGACCUGGAAGAGCUCAUCACCAAGUUCCAGGUGUUCAGGAUCUCCCACCGGAGCUACACCUUUUACCAUGAGAACCCAUACCCCAGCAUUUUUCGGAUUAACUUUGAUCACUAUUACCCGGUGCCAUAUAUCCAGUAUGACCCGUUGCUCUAUCUUCGUAGGACUUCAGACUUGAAGUCAAAGAAGAAGCGUGGUAGACCUGCAAAAACCAAUGACACCAUGACAAAGGUGCCUUUUUUACAAGGGUUCAGCUACCCUAUUCCCAGUGGAAGUUACUAUGCACCCUAUGGAAUGCCUUACACAUCAAUGCCUAUGAUGAACCUUGGUUACUACGGUCAGUACCCAGCUCCUUUGUACCUAUCGCACACGCUGGGAGCGGCUUCCCCAUUCAUGAGGCCAACAGUGCCACCACCUCAGUUCCACGCAGGCUCCCACAUGAAGAUGUCUGGGGCAGCUAAGCAUAAAGCAAAGCAUGGAGUGCACCUUCAGGGACCUGUUGGCAUGGGCCUUGGUGACAUGCAAACAUCCCUGAAUCCUCCCAAGGUAGGCAGUGCCAGUCUGUCCAGUGGCCGGCUCCAUAAGAGGAAACACAAACACAAGCAUAAGCACAAGGAGGACCGAAUCCUGGGGCCCCAUGACAACCUGAGCGGUCUCUUUGCAGGCAAAGCCACAGGCUUCUCCAGCCAUAUCCUGAGCGAGCGACUGAGUAGUGCAGACAAAGAGCUCCCACUGGUGAGCGAGAAGAACAAGCAUAAGGAGAAGCAGAAGCACCAGCACAGUGAAGCCAGCCACAAAGCUUCUAAAAACAACUUUGAGGUGGACACCCUGUCUACACUGUCUCUCUCUGAUGUCCAGCAUUGGACGCAGGCCAAGGACAAAGGUGACUUGAGCAGUGAGCCUGCAGACUCAUGCACAAAGCGUUACUCUGGUGGCAGCGGGGAUGGUGGCAGCACAAGAUCCGAGAGCCUGGACAUGUUCAGUGAAAUGAACCCUUCGAGUGACGUGUGGGACAGUGACAUGAGUGGGAGUAAAAGGAGGAGUUAUGAAGGCUUUGGGACGUACAGGGAAAAGGACCUCCAAGCCUUUAAGAUGAACCGCAAGGAGAGAAGUUCUUACGAGUCCUCUGUGUCUCCAGGGAUGCCAAGUCCCCACUUAAAAGCAGACCAGACCCCAGCGCACAGUAAGAACGAGGUCUCAGUGUCCACCAUGAUGACCAGGAAGAAGCCAGCUGCGGUUGACAGUGUUGCGAUUCCACCGACCCCAGUGUUAUCUCUCCUGGCUGCAUCUGCAGCAACUUCAGACGCAGCCAGUUCCUCCCUGAAGAAGCGAUUCAAGAGGCGGGAGAUCGAAGCCAUCCAGUGCGAGGUGCGGAAGAUGUGCAACUACACCAAGAUUCUGUCCACCAAGAAGAACCUGGACCACGUGAACAAGAUCCUGAAGGCCAAGCGGCUGCAGAGACAAUCAAAGACAGGCAACAACUUUGUCAAGAAGAGGAGAGGGCGUCCCCGGAAGCAGCCCACCCAGUUCGAUGAGGACUCCAGAGACCAAAUGCCAGUGCUGGAAAAAUGCAUCGACCUCCCCAGCAAAAGGGGUCAGAAGCCCAGCCUGAGCCCACUAGUGUUGGAGCCAGCUGCCAGCCAAGACACCAUCAUGGCCACCAUCGAAGCGGUCAUCCACAUGGCCCGAGAGGCCCCGCCCCUGCCCCCGCCUCCACCCCCGCCCCUCCCACCCCCACCCCCCCCCCCACCACCCCCACCCCCUCCUCUGCCCAAGACCCCGCGAGGCGGAAAGAGGAAACACAAACCUCAGCCUCCUGCGCAGCCCCCGCAGCAGCCGCCCCCGCAGCAGCCCCUUCCCCAGGAAGAGGAGGUGAAGGCCAAAAGGCCGAGAAAAUCCCGAGGGAGUGAGAGUGAUGUGCUUCCUUAGGGUGCGUCUGGGCGUUUGAACCUGGGGCUGAGGGGACUGACACAUUGGAAGUGCAGUGAGCCCGGGGUGGGAGCGGAAUUCCCGCUGCAGGGACACCAAUGCCCUUCUUUCCCGCAGAUGGGCAGGCAGAAUUGGUCCAGAUGACGGGGUUGAGCCAUCAGGAGCUCUUGGGAAAGCAAAGGAGAGGGACACCUUCAAAAGAAGCUUAUCUGUGCGUUACAGCGGUUCCCAACCAAGCAGCACUUCAGUAUUGCUAGAUCAUUUACCGGAGAGUAGAAGACCCAUCAAGGAGGAGAGAGCAGGUGAUACCCUCAGUAGCCACCUGAGCGACAGCAUCCAAGGCGCACACUUGAUCCCAUUUCAUUUGCUGGCCAGGAAAAUCCAAAGGGAAACACCCUCUAUUAGGAAACAUUCCAAGGGGAGAAAAGGUGCAGAUUUUGCAACCGGCUUUGUUGUAACCCAGUUUCCUUUAAUUGGUUUUCAUUUCAUUUGGUUUUAAAGCUCUGCUAGGCUUUGGGGCACCAGCGUCAUCUACAAGUAACCCAAAUCUUCCUGCUAACAAUACAGUUUCUCAGAUGGAAUCGUGGAAUCAGGAGGUGUAAUUGUAGUAAUAGACAACCGUAGACAUGCAUUCAUAUUCUUCUGUUUGCCUCUUCUAUCACACAUACGCUAAUACUCAGCAUCACCCAUUUUCCUUUGCCCAUUGUACUUCCACAUACCUUUUCAUUAACCUACCUGCUGCCUUCUUUUUCUUAGGUACACACCUAAAUAAUGUAAACCUGCCCUUAACCUAUGUUGGAAAAUUUACCCUUGGCAUGCUGUCCCAAGGAACCUGGCUUUGAACCCCAAUCAUUAUGCAACAGAUACUCAAUAUUGAUAGACCUUUUUAGUAAGUGAUCAGAGCAGCCGAGGAUAUGUUGACCCAGGUGUCAACCAGGUUAUUUUUAUACUUAAAACAUAUCAGCAGAGACUAGGUAGAAUAAAAUGGCUUUCAUAUCGCACAGCAAAUGGAAUAACUGACAAAUCACCAAAAACAAACCCUAGGCCCACCAGAAAGACAAGCGUCUAGCAAUGCCUUGGUAUGUGAUUUUUUAAUACAAUUAACUAUCAUAGAUCAUUGAUAAAAGGAAACAAAAAGACAGAAGUCCAAUUAUCUCUUGAUAAUUAUUUCUUAAAAGCAAAUGGGAGUAAGUGUUCUUAUCUGAAAAAAAAAAUGAAAAUGCUCAAAGGGUAUCACCACUCCAAUUAUAUCAAGCCACCUUGGACAAAGAAUCCAAAUUGUGGUUGCCUUAAUAAACUGAAACAUUUUUGUACAUAAUGUAAUUAUAAAUCUAUCAGUCUGCAUGGAUGCAAACUGUGUGUGACAAAUCGUCUUUUAAAUGGUCAAUUUCAACUGUACAUUUCUCAUCCAAGUUGUACUCUAGCCAUUGGUUUAGUGUGGACAGAUAUUCCAUCUCUAUUAUCCAUUUUCACAGCCCAAGUAAAAAAUGUUACGAAGAUUGAAAAUGAAUAUGAAGUUAUUCCAUUGCCGUAGAAGUUUUCUAAAAAUCAGAUGUGGAAAUUUCAAAUAAGCAUUUUCAAUUUCCUCCCUCACUCCUCCCCUUACCUCCCCCAAGACAUCAAACAGCUGCCAUGGUCAAUUAUAAAAAGAGAGACACUGAGAGAGAGAAUUAAAUUUUCUAAUAGAAAUUAGAGUAUCUGGUUUAUGUCCAAAUUAAGUUUCUUUACAGGAAGUUGGAACUGGCUGGAAAUUGUAUUAUCACUUCAGAACAUAACAUUAUUUUCUUGUAGAGAGAUGGAUUUUUGUUUGGGAGCAUUAAGAGAAUAAGGGAUGGGCUAUCUAUGAGACUAAAUUUUAAAAAUCCCAAGUUAAUAUGCUUGGCUAACAUCCCUGCUCUGUCCUGGCACCAACAGUUGGUUGAAAUUACCCAUAGUCGUCCUAUUCUGUACUGUCCCUGUAGACUUCUCAUCAUUUGCUGCCCACCAGGUCAGUCGCACUUAAUCCUAGCAAUAUGUAAGUUUAAAGGACUGCAAUCUCCUGUACUUUAAAGCUUAUAUCCUAGAUACUCAGUUUGUGACCUCGGUUGACCUUUGGCAUUUCACAGAAGUUGAACAGCAAAAUCAAACCAUACAUUUUCAAUUUGUCAUCCCCAAGCCGUGUUUGAAUGGUUCCAAAAUCAUCCGAGAGGAAGGCUUAAAUUAGCCCCGCUCACCCCGCCAUUGCUAUGAAAGAGCGACCAUUUUCACUCCAGAUAAGCCAUAAAGCAGUUUCUCUUCCUGUUGGAUUUUGAAACUCAUUUCCUUCAUUCCUUUUUUCGUCCUUCUUGCUUCCCUUGUUGUACUGUCACCCCAAGCAAGUCUGUGAGCAAGCUCAACCUUCUACACAAGAGAACACACCGGUGCUCCCCACGCUUCUUAAAAGAGAAUCCAAAGCUUAAUUGGCAUUAACCUCUAGUAGAUGAGAAAUUCCAAAUGACCUUGGAAUACAUUACAAAUUCCAAACCAAUGAAAAAUAUUCGCAGAGAAAUAUAGCAGCAUUGCAAUUUACAUGUCAAUUCGAGUAUGCUUUUCAUGUGAGUUAAAUGCAAAUCCUCUACAUUUAUGACCCUAAGAAUAGAUUAGAAAACUGCAGAGGACCAAAGCUGAAAGAUGCUAACCAGCCACUUGGAGGUGGAAAUAAGUCCAUCACUUGAACAGCUUUUUGUGUUGUUUUUGUGUUGUUUUUUCCUUUUGCUUUCCUUUAACUCGACUCAUCUCAUUGGUACAACCAUCUUCUUAUUCCCCAACUGUCCCUUUUCCAUUAGCCUCUCCUCCCCCACUAAGACCCGACAUUGGGCCAAGCUAGUUUCACAUCUAGUUCUUUGCAGAGCCAAAAUGAAAACCCAGCUCUCCUGACCUGGAUUACAGAGGUCUUUGGCCAUACAACACUGCCUUCUGUGGCUGCAUUUUUAUUUAGUGGUGAGAUCAUUUGGGAUACACAAGACUCCGUAUACAGCUCCACAUAAUACUUCUUAACAAGAGAAGCCCCUUGUUUUUGUUUUGUUUAUCCUGGAAUACUUGUCUUCAGCAAGCACGGGUGAACCCAGUUAGACUAUAGGGUGUCUGAGCAGGAUGAAAUCUAGAUAUAAAACCGUCCCCGAAGGUGAUGGACCUCUGAUCCUCCUUACUAAGUGGCUGAGAGGCCACUUGCUUUUCAAUCUCUGAUCUCAACAGUUUGACUUCCUCUAAUAGCUCAGCUCUGGCUACAACCCAAGGAAUAAAGCUGAUGGAAAGGAGACGACGUCAGGGGCUGGUCUGUGAUUUGGCAGGACCGGGACUAGCAGCCACUGACAGCCCAGAGAAGGUGACUAAGGGCUGACAAAGGAUUAGCAUUUUAACUUGGCUGCUGUCCGGAGUGGCAAGCCAUGUUCGAUGGCAGUCGGAAUUUGUGUUCUGCACAUUACUGGGUCUAUAAAUACGAUAAACAAGUGGUGACAGAAGAUAGUAUAAGGUGAUGUACUACAUGCAAAUCAUAAAGGAUUUGGUUUUAGAACUUAAGUAGAAAAUCCCACUCAUAGCUUAUUGCCCCACAAUAUUCAGAUAAUGAGCUUUUGGAGACUAUUUUCUUUCUUUCCCUACCGCUAGGAAGAUUUACCUGGGAACUGUCUGAAGUCUAUACAUAUAUUUCCAAAGCCUUUAAAUGCCAACUGUAGCAUGGAGAGAGAAGGGGUGGCAGAAGCCAAAAUGCCUCAAAAGCCAUUUAGGUGUUACGUUGCAAGAUUUUCAGUCCUUCUCAUUAUGUAAAAGUAGAUAAAUAUAGAUGUUCUUCUCAACACUACCCUAUGGUAUCACAAUGGUCCAAAUGCCAGAGCUUACAGAUAAUGUCAUCACAGUGCCUAGAGACUCGAACUGUAAUAUACCGUAGCAUUUUCUCGAUGUUUCUUAAAGUUUCUUUCCACAAUACAAGGCUUCCCCUGCCUCUUGUUUCUUAGAGAGUUUGCCCCACUGAUGAGUCUUUCUUCCCUGUUGGGCUCAGUCAUUUGGGGAACAGUCUUAGAAGCACAUAUCAACCAAGGAAGAAACUUCCUGGAUAUCUCUUGCCCACUUGCCCAGGUAUAAUAAACACUAAAGGGGAAAAAUGAAAAAGAGCUGCCAGUUGGUCAACAUGGAAGGGCAGUUCCACCCUAGGUUGGUGUCUUUCUUUUUCUUCCUUUUUUAAAAAAAAAUCUAUUUCUUAAAUAAUAAUAAAUGCACAUGCUGUGUUAAAUAUGUAUAUAUAUAUUUCAAAAGAAAAAAAUGGGCACAAGAUUGUCUUACAAGUCGUGCUGGCUAAUUUUUAGUUUGUAUUCAUAAGUGGUUUUUAAAAGCCUUUUUUAAAGUGUAAUUUGCAUGUUCUACUUUGAUUGUAUGUAAACAUAUUUUAGAACAAAAAAUGUAUUUGUAUUUUAUUGAAUAUAGAGGCAAGAAAAAUUGUACAUUGUUUGAAAUGUUCUUUUUGUAACAGUUUUUAUUCAUAAAGCAUUUUUGUACAUUUAAAAUGAACAUGGACUUGCUGUUAUUUGAGGCGUAGAUACAUCUGGCAUGCUUUACUGUCAUGCUCCUCCAUGGUCUUAGAUGUUGGGUUUUAAACAUUUUUUUCUAAAAGAAAGCUCAGUCUUUUUCGCUACCAGAUCAGGUUAGCACAGUAUAGAGCACUUAACUAUUAAAAAAAAAAAAAAAAAAAAAGUUAAUCCUAUUCAUAUGUUAUUCAUUGUGUGAAAUUAAAGACAUUCAAUUCAGUCGAA